CAAGCACUGAGGAGGCCCCAGCUCCCAAGGGGCUAAGAAGCUGGAGCAUUGGUGAAAGGGGAGAAGCUGAGCCAGACCCUUGCAAGACCCCCUCCAACCCCACCCCCAGGAAGCAUGAACAGGAAAGACAGCAAGAGGAAGUCCCACCAGGAAUGCCCAGGAAAGACAGGAGGGCGGGGCCGGCCCCGACAGGCCCGCCGCCACAAGACGUGCCCCAGCCCCAGGGAAAUCAGCAAGGUCAUGGCUUCCAUGGCUCUGGACAUGCUGAAAGAGGGCGGCUGCAGCGAAGAUGAGCUGCUGGAGAAAUGCAUUCAGUCCUUUGACUCGGCUGGCAGCCUGCGCCGUGGGGACCACAUUCUCAACAUGGUACUGGCCAUGCACAGCUGGGUGCUGCCUUCUGACCACCUUGCUGCCCGUCUGCUGACCUUGUAUCAGGAGGCCACAGGGAACACGCAGGAGCUGAGGCGGCUGCAGAUCUGUCACCUGGUCAGGUACUGGCUGACCCAACACCCUGAGACAGUGCACCAGGAGCCCCAGUUAGAGGAGGUUAUAGGUCGUUUCUGGGCCACUGUGGACCAGGAAGGCAACUCAGCCCAGAGGAGCCUGGGAGAUUCCUCCAACCUUCUGAGCCCUGGUGGCCCUGGCCCCCCACCCUCCAUAAGCAGCCCAGGCCUGGGCAAAAAGUGCAAAGUGUCCUUGCUUUUCGACCACCUGGAGGCAGGGGAGCUGGCUCAGCACCUCACUUAUCUGGAGUUCCGGUCCUUUCAGGCUAUCAAGCCCCAGGACCUGCGAGACUACGUUUUACAGGGCUCUGUGCGAGGCUGCUCGGCCCUGGAGGGAUCCGUAGGUCUCAGCAACAGCGUGUCCCGCUGGGUGCAGGUCAUGGUGCUGAGCCGGCCCGGGCCCACACAGCGCGCACAGGUGCUGGACAAGUUCAUCUGACUCGCAAAGCAUCUCCACCAGCUGCAGAAUUUCAACACACUGAUGGCAGUCACUGGGGGCCUGUGUCACAGUGCCAUCUCCAGGCUCAAGGACUCCCAUGCCCACCUGAGUCCUGACAGCACCAAGGCCCUGCUGGAGCUGACUGAGCUGCUCGCUGCCCACAACAACUAUGCCUGUUAUCGCCGAGCCUGGGCUGGCUGUAUGGGCUUCCGGCUGCCUGUGCUGGGUGUGCACCUCAAGGACCUGGUGUCCCUGCAUGAGGCACAGCCAGACAGGUUACCUGAUGGCCGCCUGCACCUUCCCAAGCUCAACAGCCUCUACCUACGGCUGCAGGAACUGGCAGCCCUUCAGAAGCAGCAUCCCCCCUGCAGUGCCAAUGAGGACCUGCUGCAUCUGCUUACACUUUCCCUGGAUCUCUUCUACACGGAGGACGAGAUCUAUGAGCUUUCUUACACCCGGGAGCCUCGCUGUCCCAAGAGUCUGCCAUCCUCCCCCUUCAAACCACCCCUGGUGGUGGAGUGGGCCCCUGGUGUGAUGCCCAAGCCCGACAGGGCCACCCUGGGUCUGCAUGUGGAGCAGCUGGUAGAGUCCGUGUUCAAGAAUUAUGACCCUGAAGGCCGAGGAACCAUCUCUCUUGAGGACUUUGAGCGACUCUCAGGCAACUUCCCCUUUGCCUGCCAUGGGCUUCACCCACCCCCCGGCCAAGAGAGUGGCUCCUUCAGCCGAGAGGAGCUGACGGGAUACCUUCUCCGGGCCAGUGCCAUCUGCUCCAAGCUAGGCUUGGCCUUCUUGCACACCUUCCAUGAGGUCACCUUCCGCAAGCCCACCUUCUGUGACAGCUGCAGUGGUUUCCUCUGGGGUGUUACCAAGCAAGGCUACCGCUGUCGGGACUGUGGACUGUGUUGCCACAAACACUGCAGAGACCGAGUAAAGGAGGAGUGUAGGAAGCCAGGGCCCAAGGGCGACAUGAGCCCCCCAGGAGCCCCUGUCCUACCCACACCGACGCCCCGUGCCAGCUGUGGCUCUGAGGACAGUCUUUCCUACACAUACGCCCUGGAACCUGAGACGGAGUGCCACCUUCACCAUGCUUGGACCCAGACAGAGCCCCCACACCCUUCCUGGGAACCAGACACGGUUCCCCUCCCAACGAUGGCCUCGCCACCCAUCCAGUCCUCCAAGCCAAAUUCCUAGACAUCGGGAAGUUAUUUUCUUCUUUUGCAUCAGAGUAGCUAUUAAUUGGACUCCCUUAUCCUGCACUUAGUUAACUGUGCAGCUCCAUGUUGGACGCAUUUAAUCUUACUAUUAUUUUACCAACUCCUUAAGUCUUCAUUUUACAGAUGAAGAAACUGAGGCUCCGUGAGGUUAAGCUGCUCACCCAAGGUGGCGGAGUUCCUAAGUGUUGGAGGCAGGACUCAAACCCAAGUCUUCUGUCUGCCUCUAACUCAGAAGCUUCUGAUCAAUGUGCUACACUGACAGUCAGCGUGGGUCAGGAGGGGGACGGGAGAGAAGGGCAGAGUCCCAAACACUGGGGUUCUAGAGCAGGGGUGGGCAAACUUUUUGACUCAAGGGCCACAAUGGGUUCUUAAACUGGACUGGAGGGCCGGAACAAAAGCAUGGAUAGAGUG